AUGUUAAACAAAGAUUAUUCUACUACUACUUUGAUUGGCGCUGCUGUUGGUAGUGUUGUGGUCAUUGCUAUUAUUGUCAUCAUCGUCGUAGUACUGCUAAGUAAUUUCCAACCAGUUUCAGUUGAAAGAGAAGACGAAACUGAGGAACCAUACGAAGAGAAGCCUGAAGAAGCUGUGUAUUAUAACAAUCUUUCCUCUGCUCGAGACAUAUUAGUAUCAGACCUACACAGCAUCAUAAAACACAAAGAAGCCAAUGAAAACGAAGGAUUUAUCAAAGAAUUCAAGACUCUUCCUUACGGAGAAAGGUUCGAUUGCCACACGGCCAAACUGGAGGAAAAUAUGCCAAGGAACAGAUUUAAAACAACUUUUCCAUAUGACCACUCAAGGGUUAUUUUGGAAACAAGUGACGACUUUGCAUCAGAUUACAUCAAUGCGAACUAUAUUGGAAAUUCUGAAGGACACCGAGAAUAUAUCGCAUGUCAAGGUCCUCGUGUCAAUACUCUGGUCGACCAUUGGAGGAUGAUCUGGCAGGAGAACAUAGAGUAUAUCGUGAUGCUUACAAACCUCAUAGAAGGACCAAAGGUGAAGUGCCAUCAGUACUGGCCAGAUCAAAACAAACAUCUUGAUGUCGAUCCAUUUUCUGUAACUCUUGUAGAAGAAAAGGUUUAUGCAUACUUUGUCAUAAGAAGAAUGUCAGUGCGAAAAGAGAGCGUCACUAGGUCAAGGACGGUCGUACAGUUUCACUACACACAAUGGCCAGAUCACGGGACUCCUAAUCCACUAGAUCUAGUUGUUUUCCACAGACAGUUCCGACAUAAAAUAAAAUCAUCUCAACACCCGAUUCUAGUGCACUGCAGUGCUGGCAUUGGUCGAACAGGUACUUUUAUAGCCCUGGAUGUGUUGUCUAGAAAUGGAGUGAAGAAAGGAAAAAUCAACGUUGUGGAGUAUGUUAAAGCUAUGAGAAAGGACAGGAUGACAAUGAUACAAAAUGCAGAACAAUAUGCCUUUCUUUAUCAUGCAUUAUACGAGUUCUUCAGGCGAAAAGGGAAAUUCAUCGGAAAAGAGGAUUUCGUUCAGCUAUAUGGAGAUAUGGAAAAGCAAGAAACAAGAAAACGUUGUACAGAUGAGUUCAAUGAACUUACAAGUUUGAGACCCAAUUACAGUGACGAUGAUUUCAAAACUGGCAAGAAAAAUCAAAACCUGAAUAUGAUGAAGUCAGUUUUACCAGUUGAGCAAUAUCUCGUGUAUUUGACAUCCAAUAUUCAUGGUCGAGAACCUUACUAUAAUGCAGUUUCUGCCUCGUCAUUCAACAGAGCCGAUGAGUUUAUUUCUGCCCAACUUCCGGUAACUGAUGCUGCAGUUGAUCUUGUUCGUCUUAUGCUUGAUCAGGAAUCAUCGUUCAUGAUUUCUUUAAAUCCUUUAGCUGAUGUCAAAGAGCUGAAAGACUGGGUGUCGGAAGAUAUACAAACUUUCAAACUAAAUCCAUAUGAAAUCACAAAGGAUGAACAGAAGAUACUUUCUAAGGAAAUACGAAAGACCACUUUACAGAUUAAAGGGAAAAACACAAAUACCCAUAAAGUGCAAAUCUUUGAAUGCCUUAAUUGGAAGUCUUCUGAUAAAAUUCCAGCUGAACCAUCCACAUUGACAAAUUUAAUCAAACAAUUCAGCCUUGAUCGUAAAUCUGACACUGAUGGGCAUAUAACGGUCAUAUCCAAAGAUGGUGCCACCUGCUGUGGAGUGUUCUGUGCUGUAUAUAAUGCAAUAGAACAGCUAGAGAUGGACGGUGAAGUUGAUAUGCUAACUAUCGUACAGCAGCUUCAGAUUCGGAGACCAGAAAUGAUAUCAACAAAGGAAGAGUAUGAAUUCUGUUUCAAGGCUGUGUGUAAUUAUCUGAGUAUGGACAGUGUGUACGCAAAUACCUAAAAUACACACAUUUCGUGGAAUGCUAAGUGGAAUAGAGACUAUUUUUAUCA